GUUUCCGGAGGGAGCUUGGAAACGCACGUCAACGCCGGCAAGCUAGGAAGCCGGCUUCCGGAGUCAGCUUUUGUCGCCGCAUCCUGGUGGCGUGGGGGCGGCGGUGGCCAUGAGGCAGAAGCACUACCUUGAGGCCGCGGCGCGGCAACUCCGAGAUAGCUGCCCGGGCCAGGCCCGCUAUCUCCUCUGGGCCUACAGUUCGUCGCACGAUGAUAAAAGUGCUUUUGAAGGAACAUGUCCAUACUGUUUCCAGUUGCUGGUUCUGGAUAACUUUCGAGUGCGCCUCAAACCCAAGCCCAAAAUGACACCCAGAAUACAGAAACUUCUUAAUCGAGAAGCAAGAAAUUAUACACUCAGUUUUAAAGAAGCAAAAAUUGUGAAAAAGUACAAAGACUCCAAAAGUGUAUUGUUGAUUACUUGUAAAACAUGCAACAGAACCGUUAAACAUCACGGUAAAAGCAGAAGCGUUCUAUCAGCUUUGAAGAGCAAUUCUACCACUCCUACAAGUAAACUCAGCCUGAAGACACCAGAGAGAAAGACUCUGAGUUCUAGAAACCUGAUUCGUGAUAUGUCUGGUUCCAAAGACAAGAGCCCAGCUUUGAUUUUCAGAACACCUACAUCUGGACAGUCAACACCUACUUGCUCCGCGAAGAAUGUGAGCAAAACAAAGAAACACUUCUCUCAACUGAAAAUGUUGCUUAGUCAGAGUGAAUCCCAGAAGAAUCCAAAGGUGGACUUCAGAAGUUUCUUAUCUUCUCUGUAAAAGGUGGACUAAGGAAAUAAGAAAUGUUUAAUGCAGUUUCUGAAACUAAAGUUACUCAGAAAAACAGCUUUUUAAAAACUUCUAUUCUUUAAAUACAUGGAAACUGGGGUCCAGGAGCACACUGUUCUUGGCAUCCUUCAGUGUUUGUGGGGAAGACACCGCAGAGUGAAGCACUGAGACCUGCGUGCCCACAGGGCAGCUACAAGGGUCAGAAUAUAGGAAAGGUCCUCGUAAGUAGUACAGAUAUAUAUGCAUGUUGAGUGGUUAUAUUAUUAUUUUCUCCUCUCUUAAUUAGCAUUUUCCUUAUGUCGUUUUAUUUCAUAAGAAACUGGAGACAUUUCUGGGAAAGUCUCCUCAGUCCUUUCUAGGCGUCUAUAGCCUUAUUGCUAAUUCAGAAAAAGGGUCAAGUGUGUGUGUCCUAGUUUUCCCACAAUCGUCUGCAUAACUGUCUAUUAGUAAAAUUGGAACAUUAUUCCUAUUUUGCAUGCAAAAGUAAAUACAUGGACCAUUCUUGAUUGUAGAUGAUUUAAUCAGAUACCAAAAUUUUCAUUUUUACAGCUUUCUAGUCUUCCUAUAGUAAUAUUUCACUGUUAAGUGGCAUUUAAUUUUCUCUGGUGAAGACUUAUUUCUAGGUCUAAAAUUUACAUCAGAACAUAACACAGUAACAGUUUAGCUAUCUUAACUCUUUUCUGGAACGUAGAUAUACUUUUUUUAAAUGAUAGGCUAGGAUUUUAUUCAACUUGUUUUUUAAAAACACUUUAAAUAAAUGAUUAGAUACUUUAAACUAUAA